AUGUCCGACCACAGUACUACGACCCAUGCUACGGCGUCCGCGGGAACCGACGCGCUCCGCAACCCUAGUCUAGUGGUGCGGGCGAAUAGUAUGCGAGCUGGACUACUCAAUCGUGGACGGACUCUCGGUAUUGGAUGCUGGAAUGUACGAACGUUCCUGGACUCUGGUACCCAAAGUCUGACCGCACGCAGCCUUCAUCAGUACAACGUGGAUGUCUGCUGUCUCCAUGAAGUUCAACUCCCUGACUCAGGCUCCCACGAAAUAAAGAUCCCGGGAGACGAAUCCCACCUCACCCUGUACCACAGCGGCCCCCGCGAUUCCUCUGGCCGACACGGUGUGGCGAUCGCCCUAUCACAACAAGCGGACCUUGCGCUACUUACUUGGGAACCAGUAAAUGACCGGAUAGCCUACGUGCGACGGAAGGGUCACUUCACGAACAUCUCCAUCGUCGCUGUGUACGCACCAACUUCGGCCGCCGAACAGCGCGAUAAAGAGGCGUUUUACUCUCAGUUGCAAGCGCUAGUUAAAAGACUGCCUCGCCGCGAUCUGCUGAUUGUUGUUGGCGAUUGGAAUGGUCGAACUGGACCUGGCGACCCCACAACCAGUCAUCUUCUUGGCCGCUUUGGGCUUGGUUCCCGAUGUGAAAAUGGUGAGAGAUUGCUGAACUUCGCUGAUCGAAACCGACUGCUUGUCACCAACACAUGCUUCCAGCAUCGCAAAAAACAUCUGCUGACCUGGUAUUCAAACGACGGUCGCACGGCCAGUCAGAUUGCCUACAUACUAGUCAGCUCAAGGUUCCGCAGCUGUGUUCACGAUAGCAGAUCGAUGCGUGGUGCCGAGACUGGUAACGCCCAUGGGUCGGACCAUGUCCUCGUCCGUACACGCCUGAAAGUUCAUCUCUCAUCCGCACCAAAAAUUCCACGUCCUAGACGCCUCAAUGUCGCAAAAAUCUGGCAAGCCAGCACUGCCGAGGCCCUAAGCAGAGAAAUCCGGACCUGUUUUACGACCCGAGCCGACGGAGAAGACAGUAACCAGUGGUCGUCACUGAAGACCUCAGUCUAUGAGGCAGCUAAGAAAAUCCUUGGGUACACCCAGCGACGCCGCAGUGACUGGAUCAGCGGAAGAACCCUGCAGUUGUCUGCUCAGACGGCUAGAGCCAGGUCCCGCAACGAUGACUACUUCCGCCAACUUCGGAAGAUGACGGCAAAAUCGGCCAGGGAUGACCGGAAGCAAUAUUGGGCUGAAAUAGCGACAUACAUGGAACAGGCCUCGAACGUUGGUGACACUCGAAAGCUCUACCGUCUGAUCCGCCAAGUUAGCGGUAAGCCCUCUACACUGAGUGACUCUGUUCGCGAUGUGAACGGCGGCCUUAUUGCUGACAACUCGGCCAAAGUAGAGCGCUGGCGUGAGCACUUUGAGCACCAUCUCAACUUCGAUACCCAACCUACAUCGCCCUUGUUCUCCUUCUCAGCGGAGUUUCUUCCCUCUCCUACCUAUGCCGUGCCAUGCGAUCCCCCCACCGAGGAAGAAGUCGCCGAUGCCAUACAAAAGUUGCGCAACAAUAAGGCACCCGGAGAGGACGGUAUACCCGCUGAAGUCUUUAAGUCUUGUGUCGACACUCUGGCGCCCUGGCUCCAUGAGGUGGUUGAACGAGCGUGGAGAGACGAGGUUGUUCCUGAUGACUGGGGCUUAGGCAUCCUUGUACCUAUCCUCAAGAAGGGAGAUAAAACGAGAUGCGAGAACUACCGCGGCAUAAGUCUCAUCGACGUUGCUGCGAAGAUCUUCGCUAUUGUCCAACUCAGGCGAUUCCAGGCUGUGCGUGACUCAAGGACGAGGGCCAACCAAGCCGGAUUUCGUGCUGGACGUGGAUGCGCAGAUCAGAUAUUGACACUGAGGCGCAUUCUCGAAUUUCGCCAUAGCUACCAACAACCGACGGCCGUCUGCUUCGUUGACUUUGCCGCCGCGUUCGAUUCUGUUCACUGUGAGUCCCUGUGGCGGAUAAUGGCGCUAGAUGGUGUACCGGCAAAAAUCAUCAUCAUGAUCAAGGCCUACUAUCGUUCCACUACUGCGAGAGUCCUGGUCCGUAACAAUCUUUCCCAACCGUUCGGUAUUCGGUCUGGCGUCCGACAGGGUUGUAUCCUGUCACCCAUACUGUUCAAUUACGCUAUUGACUGGAUCCUCGGGAGGGCCCUACGCGACAGCGACGGCGUUGAAUUUGCACCCGACAUCGACUAA